AGAAGAAGGAGGAGGCCUGGGGUUUCCUCGGCAAUCGCUAACUGGGUGGUCACGUGACAGCACUGUAGCAUGACCUCAGCUUUCUGAUAGACGGCAACAGCAGACAAAUCUAUCCCAGAGCUAGACCAAGUCAUUUUGAUUUUGUCAAAUAUUUUUUCUUCAUUUCGUAUACUUUAGUAACGGAUUAGUGUAGCAACUAAAUAGCGCGGAGGUGCUUCUUUUUUUCUAUUCUUUCACACCUUCCUGAGUUAGCUUACCGAGGUUUAGCGCUUUAGCUAACAUCAACAUGAAUAUAGACAACGUAAACCAGUCUGUUACAACCGGAGUCCCUGCUACGACCUCUUCAACGUCCAGUAACUGCAUCGCAAAUGACAAUGCAACGACAAACGUCAGCAGCAUCCCUUCAGUGACGACUGGAGCCUCAGCCCCCGCUGUGACACCAUCUGCAGACUCCUCAGUUUCCAACGGGGUUUACCUUCCGAGUGGAAUCACAAAUGGAGACAUAAGGCCUGCCUCCUCCACUACACCUUUGGCAGAUUUCCUCAUGCAGCUAGAGGAUUACACUCCCACGAUUCCUGAUGCAGUUACAGGCUACUACCUCAACAGGGCAGGCUUUGAGGCUUCUGAUCCAAGAAUAAUCCGCCUGAUCUCCCUUGCUUCCCAGAAGUUUAUCUCAGACAUUGCCAACGAUGCUUUGCAGUACUGCAAAAUGAAGGGAACUGCUUCAGGAAGCUCCAGAAGUAAGACGAAGGAUAAAAAGUACACUUUGACAAUGGAGGACCUGACACUUUCCCUCUCUGAAUAUGGCGUAAAUGUCAAGAAACCUUAUUACUUCACAUAGAACUCUUCACUUAAACCUUUUUUUGAUUUUUAGUAUUAAUGCGUCUUCUGGUAAUCUCCUAGUUUCAUUGACAAAUGUUUUUCAACCAUGGUUUGGGACUGCUUUGUAAAAUCUUAAGCCACUUGUCAGGUUUUUGUGAAGCUUUCUUUGCAUUUAGUUAAAUUGAGGAAUUUUGUUUUAUGAUGAAAAUAAAAAUCUUUACCAAAA